GAUAAGAGGCUGUAGUCUGAAGGCACUUUUGGAGCGUGAGGAUGCCAGCGUAUGCCACCAACAUGAGGCUCAAGUUCCCCAUCCUCGCCCUGGUGCUGGAGGUGGUCACCAUCAUCCUGUUCGGUGUGUUUGUGGUGUAUGAUGAUGGAAAGGGACACGGAGACCACGCAGAUCACAAUGAUAACCACACGCAGGAAACCAAGUCGCCCAUGGAGCUCUACCCAAUGUUCCAGGAUGUCCAUGUGAUGAUCUUCAUAGGCUUCGGGUUCCUCAUGACGUUCCUCAAGAGGUACGGCUUCAGCAGUGUGGGAGUGAACCUGCUGCUGGCUGCCUUUGGUCUGCAGUGGGGUCUGCUCAUGCAGGGGCUGUGGCACAUGGACCAUGGCAAGAUCAAAAUCAACAUUUUUAAGAUCAUAAACGCAGACUUCAGCACAGCCACCGUCUUGAUCUCAUUUGGUGCGGUUCUGGGUAAGACCAGCCCAGUGCAGCUCCUCAUCAUGACCAUCCUGGAGAUCACCAUCUUCAGCAUCAAUGAACACCUGGUGGCCAACGUCCUGCUGGCGAAUGACGUGGGUGCAUCCAUGAUCAUCCACGCAUAUGGGGCAUACUUUGGUCUGGCUGUGGCUCGAGUGCUGUACAGACCUGGUCUCAGGAACGGACAUGACAACGAAGGCUCUGUGUACCACUCCGACAUGUUUGCCAUGAUCGGCACUGUGUUCCUGUGGAUGUUCUGGCCCAGUUUUAACUCGGCCAUCGCAGACCCUGGCCUCACUCAGCUCACCGCCGUCAUCAACACGUACCUGUCUCUGGCGGCAUGCGUGCUGUCAGCUUACGCCAUGUCCAGCCUCGUGGAGCACAAGGGCAAGCUGGAUAUGGUGCACAUUCAGAAUGCCACCCUGGCAGGAGGAGUGGCAGUGGGCACCUGUGCGGACAUGAACAUCGGUCCGUUUGGGGCCAUGCUUAUUGGCUUCAUUGCAGGGAUCAUCUCCACACUGGGCUUUAAGUUCCUCACUCCUGUGCUGGCCUCCAACCUGGGGAUCCAGGACACGUGUGGGGUGCACAACCUGCACGGGCUGCCUGGCGUGCUGGGCGGGCUCGCAGGCAUCGUGGCUGUGGCCCUGGGCAAGAAGGAAGGGGGCAGUGCAGCCAUGCAGGCUGCAGCACUGGCCUCUUCUCUGGGCUUCGCACUGGUGGGAGGGGCCGUCACAGGUCUCAUCAUGAAGCUGCCCUUCUGGGGACAGCCUCCAGACCAGAACUGCUUUGAUGACUCUCUGUACUGGGAGAUACCAGCUGAUGAGGAGGAGAACGAGGAGAGCCUGGCCCAAACCAAUAACAAAACCGAGGCCUAAAGCUCAGCCAAUAGAACGUCACCAAGUCUACGUGGCUUCCAGUCAUGAGCGGAGUCUAUGCAGAUCCACUCAUUUGAACACUGACGCUGAGAGCAAAGUUACCACGGCGUACAACAAAUACGCACCCCCAAUGUCCAAUUCUUUUACCAAAAUAGCUUUAGUGUUUUUUAUAUUCAAAUUGUUUUUUUGUUUUUUUUAAUUAAGGGAGUCAGAAUUUGAGAAAUAACCAAUAGUGUUUAGGACUUUACCUUAUAUAACUACACUAUUGUCCCCAAUGUCUUUAAAAUGAUCCUUGAAACAAGAAUCAGCCUACACUUCUUUUAUUUUUCUAAACAAUUUUCAUUGAAAUGUUCUAAAAUAUAGGGCUGUUUUUUAAAUUUUUGGAAAUGUAUCUACCUGCAUUCUAUCUCUAUUUUUGUAUUUUUCUAAUUAACUACAAAAAUCACUGCUGAUAGCAAUUCCUUUUAUACACGUUUGUUUUCAUAUACAUAGCAUUAGCAUUAGCAAUGUUAGCAUGGUGUAUUUUCAUAUCUUUUUGUAUUGGACAUGUGUUUUGCAUCUUACCUCACUGGAGCCUGGCCGUUUGAAUAUGGAGGUCUUGGUCUGGCCUGGUCUAGUGCAGUCUGGUUUAGUCUGGUUCAUUGUGGGCUAGUUUAGUCCAGUCUGGCUCGGUCUCAUUUGAUCCAGUCUGAUCCAGUCCAGUCUGAUCCAGUCCAGUCUGGUCUGGGUCGAUCUGGUCUGAUCCGGUCUGGACAGGGAUAGUCCAAGAUGCUGCAGGACCCAGGGCUUCCACACAGCAUGGCAGCUGCACACUUUUCUAUGGAUCAGACUCUGUCUCUAGAACUUUUGUCUUGUUCCAGUGGUAUAAAUAUGUGUAAUACAUAUGUGUCCAUCAUAACUCAAUCCUCUGUCACUGAUGGAGUAUGGAAAAUAAUUUUAAAAUAAGAUUUUGAAUUUGAAAUGCUGUUGAAUUUCUCACUUUGAAUUUUUUGAUCUCUGAAAAAACAUGUUUGAAUUAUUUUUAUUCUGAAUGGCAUUUACUGGAAUUGUAGGUGUAUAUUUUCAAAGUGUUUAAAAUUCUAUAUUUAAAAAAGCCCUCAAAUUCAACAGUUGAAGAGUGUAAAUUUGGCAGUGAAAACAUUUGCAGGAAAGCUCCAAAAUACCAAGGCAGAAACAAUCGAUCCAAAGUGAUCCUAUCUAACUUAGUAACAAGGAAGAAAUGGUGCAGUGAAGCGAUCUGAUUGGUCAGAAUUAGUUUCAUCAAAACCUCAUCUCUUUUAUUUCUUUAGUGUAAACCCCGCCCACAGGUGAGAACGGCCAAUAGGAAACAGCCUCUGUUCUCCUCACUCACAGGAUCGAUUGCUUCUGCCUUGGCAUCUUAGAUAUUUGCUGUAUGUUUUACACUCUGAAUUUUGACUGUUGAAUUUGAGGGCUUGGAAAUAUAUAUGCUGAAAAUUGAAAAGGCGACAUUUUUAUUUUGAAUUUGAAACACACUGAAAAAGUAUACUUAAAAUCUCAGCAACUGAAAUUCAUAAUGAAAAAAAAAAAAAAUCGUUUUCAGAGUUUUUCAGCAGUAUUACAUUUCUAAAUCUGAUGAAACAAAUGAUCUUCCAUAAUGGAGCCUUGUAUUUGUUCUGUCCAGUACUCGAGUUUUUACAGUGACAUGGUCAGUUUGAGCUCAGCACCAUUGAAGGAACUAUUGCUGCACUGCAAAUGAUGUCUACAGGAGUUAAAAUCACAUCUGGAAAAGGGUCCUGAAUAAUGUAUAAAACAGGACCGUUAAAAUAUUUUAAAAUAAAGUCAAAAGUUCCUGAAGGUGCACGGCAGCUCCUCUGACUACAAUAAUAUUAAUGUUGUGUUUUGUCUAAAGGAUUUCUAUAGAGACAAGUCUUUCUAACAGUGGGCGAGAGCUCUGAUGUGUAUGUACUAAUACUGUCAAUAAACAUGUUUUUGUACAUCA